AUGUUUGAUGACAUCGCAAAGAACAAAGAGAACCCAAGACCUGGAAUCAUUAUUAACAGUCCUAACGGAGAUGAUGUUUAUAGUGGAGUUCCCAAGGAUUACACUGGAUAUGAUGUUAACGUUGGUAAUCUAUUUGCUGUGAUUCUUGGAAAUAAAACAGCUCUUAAAGGAGGAAGUGGUAAGGUUGUAGACAGUGGUCCAAACGAUCAUAUCUUCAUAUACUAUAGUGAUCAUGGUGGCCCGGGAGUGCUUGGGAUGCCAACUUCUCCGGCUCUAUAUGCAAACGAUUUAAACAAUGUAUUGAAGAAAAAACAUGCUUCUGGAACAUAUAAGAGCUUGGUGUUUUAUCUUGAGGCUUGUGAGUCUCGAUGUAUCUUCGAAGGUCUUUUACCAGAAGGUUUAAACAUUUACGCGACAACUGCAUCAAAUGCAGAAGAAAGCAGCUGGGGUACUUAUUGUCCAGGAGAGGAUACGAGUGUACUGUCCGAGUAUGAGACCUGUUUAGGCGACUUAUACAGUGUUGCCUGGAUGGAAGAUAGGUACGACAGUGUCACUGUUUGUGGUGAUCUUGAAUGUCAAGAUCAAUUGAAUGAGAGGAACAAACCAUUCUUUGACUUGUGUGAUGGAAUCUUCAUGAACUACACAUGGAAGGUACUUUUUUUGGUUUGA